CUAACUUUUCACGUUACUGAAUCACCAUGAAUCAGGACGCGAAGAAAAUAUCGAACAGUAUUUACGGAAGAGUUAAUGCGCCCGCAGUUGAGAGAUGUCGCGUCAACUUUUGCACCGACUUGGAGAAGUCGGUAUUGAUGAGCAAUUUCGAGAGACGCGGCUGGAAUCAAGUUGGACCGGAUGACGAGUGGAACUUCUAUUGGGCGUCCACACAAACGUGUAGAAACCUUUUUAGUGUGGAAAGUGGCUAUAGAAUGAAUGACAAUCAAAUAAUCAAUCACUUUCCGAAUCAUUACGAGUUGUCAAGAAAAGAUUUACUUGUCAAAAACAUAAAACGUUAUAGGAAAGAAUUAGAAAGGGAAGGCAGUCCGUUAGCUGAGAAAGCAGAAGUAGUCUUACAUGGUGGACAAGUCGUGACACGUUAUGUUCAUUUAGAUUUUGUACCUAUCACGUUUGUGCUACCUGCGGACUACAACAUGUUCGUGGAAGAAUAUCGAAAAUCUCCACAGAGUACUUGGAUUAUGAAGCCAUGUGGAAAAUCACAAGGCACCGGUAUCUUUCUUAUAAACAAACUAUCGAAGCUGAAGAAAUGGUCCCGUGAGGCGAAAACUCCCUUCCACCCGCAACUAAGCAAAGAAAGUUACGUGAUUUCGCGUUACAUAGACAAUCCUUUACUAAUAGGAGGUAAAAAGUUCGAUUUGAGACUCUACGUGUUGGUUACUUCCUUUAGACCCCUAAAGGCUUAUCUCUUCCAACUCGGCUUUUGCAGGUUUUGCACAGUAAAAUACGAUACGAGUGUCACCGAGUUAGACAACAUGUAUGUACAUCUCACUAACGUUAGUGUACAGAAACACGGGGGUGACUAUAACAGCAUUCAUGGAGGGAAAAUGAGCGUGCAGAACUUACGUUUAUUUUUAGAAGGGAGCCGAGGCAGAGCGGUCACAGAGAAAUUAUUCGCAGCAAUGCAGUGGCUAAUUGUUCAUUCAUUAAAAGCCGUCGCUUCUGUAAUGGCAAAUGACAGGCACUGUUUUGAGUGUUACGGGUACGAUAUAAUUAUAGAUAACCAACUGAAGCCAUGGCUUGUAGAAGUUAAUGCAUCGCCUUCAUUGACAUCGACAACUGUAAAUGAUAGAAUAUUGAAAUACAAAUUAAUUGACAAUAUAUUAUCUGUCGUUCUUCCCCCGGAUGGUGUGCCAGAUGUGCGGUGGAAUAAAUUACCAAGUGCCGAAGCAUUAGGCAAUUUCGAUUUAUUGAUUGACGAAGAACUUUUGGAGAAAGAUGAGCCAACUUCGGGAAGUCGCAACAGUAAACACAGAAAGAACUGAUAUUAAAUUUGUAUCGAAUUAAAUAUACGUAUAUAAAAGCGACAAAGUUUUUUGGUGUUAUUAAUUGAUGCCAAUAUAAAAGAUUUCUGUUUACGUCUUAUUUAAGUUUAGUAAAACAGAUAUGUUUUAAG